AUGCCCAUCACUAUCAUUCGUGAAGUCGGUGUGUGUGUUCUGGGCACGAAACAGAAGAGCUCCGUCUUACUACUGCUAUUUGUCUGAAUUUCACUCAUUUCGGUGUGAAAAAGUUAUUACAUAUCGAAUUAAAGCUAAACCGCGUUCUGUACCGCACGAGUGGUACGGGUAUCUUCACUGGAAAAGCGGAAUAAAUCAUACUUCUACAGCACCUACCUUUCGACGUCACGACGGCUCGCAUCAAGAACAAAAUGGUUGACAAAAUUGAAAUGAGUCUUGAUGAAAUCAUCAAGUCCCAGAAAUCCAGCCGCCCGCGUGGAGGUGGCCGUUCCGGUGGUGCUGGCCGUGUAAACCGUCGCCCAGGAGCAAGCAGUGGUGGAAAUUCGCGAAACGGCUUCCGAUCCGGUGGUCAACGCAAUGGUGGUGCUAGCGGUGGUGGCGGAGUCCUCAAGGGACGUAAUCGCGGUGGAAUCACCCGGGCACGCUAUGGGCGGGGCGACGUGAACAGCGCAUGGAAACAUGAUAUGUAUGAAGGACCGCGUAAGAACCGUCUGUUAACGACGGCCGGCAUCGGUAGCCUCGGCGGAGGCGGAGGACCCGGUGGUGCAUCGAAGCUGUUGGUUUCCAACCUGGACUUUGGCGUAUCGGAGACGGACAUCAACGAGCUGUUUGCGGAGUUUGGGCCGCUGCGAAGUGCCUCAGUACAUUACGAUCGUUCGGGAAGAUCGCUUGGAACGGCCGAUGUGGUGUUCGAAAGGCGUUCCGAUGCAAUAAAGGCAAUGAAACAGUAUAACGGAGUACCACUGGACGGGCGCCCGAUGAGCAUUCAGAUGGCAACGUCAGAAAUUCCCGCUCCACGCCUGCCCCGUCCAGCUGCACUUGCGGCAUCAACUGCCCGUUCCCCACGUAAACCGGCCGGUGGUCGAGGUGGAGGUGCAGGUAAAUCCCAGGGAGGUGGUCGUGGUGGUCGCGGCGGUGGCGGUAGCGGUGGUGGCAGACGUCAACCACGCGAAACGAAAACGGCCGAAGAGCUGGACGCCGAGCUGGAUGCCUACACCAAAGACAUGAAGUAAAAUGGUUCAUUCGUCCGGCUGCUGCUGCGAGAGAGGAAACGUUUUGGACGACGUAUUCCGUGUCGCAGCAGAAUCCCACGCGAUACCUUUACGGAAACGGUACCGUGUGCGCCGCCGGGGAUACGUUUAAUUUGACUUUAUUUUAACUUCAUUCUUAACGUCUAACAUGACUUGUACAUAGCACAUAGUAAACUUCUAACUACAUCGAUUAGUUUGAGCACCGAUCGGGGGCAAUUAAAGAAGACGGCAUCUUCCCACCCGCCCCCAAAAUGCAACUCAACUGCAUUAUAAAAACCGCCAGCAGCGUGCGCCUUCUCGCUGUCGAUCUCUGUCGAGCCCAAAUUAUACAAACAAAAGGAAGGCAUUCGGUGUUCAUGGAGUGGAUUUUGGGGUGGAAAAAUCAAGCCGCUAUCCCUCGCCCUAGAGAUUGAUUGGCAGCAACACACAGAGUUCAGUUAAAUCUGGUUCCGAUCUAUUACGACAAUACACACAAACGGCGUGUUUGUGUGGGUAGAAUGUCUUACACUUAGGGUUGCCAUUCGGAAGGGCAUGCAAUUAACCGUUUCAUGGCGCUGCAUGGAAAUGGAUUCAUAGUUACUAAUCGGAAAUAUGCUAGCUAAGACACGUACGUUUGUUCGUCGUUCACCUCACAUUUAAAACACGUUAGCGUCAGCAGAUAAUCUUUAGUUUUACUAAGAUAGUUAAAUUAAAGCACACCUCCCUAAAAAGAGAGAGAAAGAGAGAGGGAGCGUUGUGUGAGUUUAGAUGAGAGUGAAAAGGAGGUGAUACACUUAGAAAAGAUUAGUCACACAACACCAUUAUCAUCAUGGCAGGGAGCAGCACCACACACUGAUCUAGUACCGGAGAGAAAGCGAACGUCAGAUAUUAGUACAUCUGUAACAAUAUUCUUUUUCUAUCCUCUUUUUUUGUCACAUCAUUAACGAUAGUUUGUUAUUUCUUCAAUUAAAUUCAGAAGAGGAACAACAACUUUCCAAAGAGAAAGGUGCUUUACGUUGCGAAUGAGUUAGGCAUGGCAAUAAGGAAGGCUGUAAUAUCCUUCUAUUUGCUUCCGUUUUUUUUAAAGGACUACCAAAUUCUUUUCUCAUUUCAUUGCGUGCUUUAACGUUUGCUAAUGAGUUUGGUCAUAGGUUUUGUCCUUUUCAAAAUUCUUAUUACGUUUCCUGUCUUCACUAUUUCGCUUUUUAUGGAAAGGGCGUAAUGAACACCAGCUAAAUAGAAAAGAAGGAAUCUUGCAUUCGCCCUCAACUCUUUCGGGUGUUUCAGUUUUAGUAAGGACGAAUUAUUAUUAAUUAUAGGCGCUGUGUGGGUACUCAUGAAAUACAAACUCAACCAGCGAAUGGUUGCGAAAGAACAAAAAACGUGUAAUAAAACAUUUGAAAAAAGGAUGAAAAAUGAAAUUAUAAA